AUGAGGUCUAGGCGCACCAUCUCGCUCGUAUGCUGCCAUGCAGAGGGCGAGGUGGGCGACGUCAUCAUCGGCGGUGUUCUGGACAUGCCAGCGACGACAAUGCAUGAGAAACUCGAGAAGUUCAUGGCCAAACACGAUGGCCUCCGAAGGCUGUUACUUCACGAACCCAGAGGUCGGCUGGAGUCGAGCGCGAUGAUCGUUCUGCCGCCAUGCGACCCACGGGCCGACGCGGGCUUUCUGAUCAUGGCCCCCGGAGACUGGGUGCCAAUGUCUGGAUCCAACACCAUCUGCACGACGACUGUGCUGCUCGAGACUGGCAUAUUGCCCAUGACGGAGCCCACGACGACGGUCAGGCUAGACACAGCGGCAGGCCUGAUCACGGCCACGGCCGAGUGCGAGAACGGGUCAUGCAAAUCGGUGUCCUUCGACAACGUUCCCGCAUUCGCAUACGCGCUAGAUAUGGAGAUUUCAGUGCCAGGAGUCGGGCGCCUUUCCGUUGACAUUGCUUACGGUGGUCAGUGGUACGCGGUGGUAGACGCGGAGUCUCUGGGCGUUCGGGUGACCUUGCCUUACAAAACUCAGCUCGUCGAACUGGGGCAGCUGGUGAAGGCGGCAGUUUUGGACCGCUGCAUGCCUACGCACCCAGAAAAUCCAGCAAUCAGGGGGAUCAACAACGUCAUCAUUACCGAGCCCCUGAAGGCGAGCUCCGACGGCCUCUCAGUCAAGCACACUGUAGUCGUCACCCCAGGUAGGCUGGACAGAAGUCCGUGUGGAACCGGGAGCUCGUCGCGAUUGGCAAUCUUGCAUGCAAGGAAGCAAAUUGAGGUGGGACAGGUUGUCACAUUCAGGAGCAUCAUCGACACCAUGUUUCUGGGGCACAUCAAGGCUACGCACCAGGUUGGGUCUUUCGAAGCGGUUGUGCCGAGUGUCAAAGGCAGAGCAUGGAUUACUGGAGAGAAGCAGAUAUACGUCGACCCCGAUGAUCCAUUCCAGGAAGGCUUUCAGGUAUAG